AUGUCUUCUCACAAGACUUUUAGAAUCAAGAGAUUCCUGGCCAAGAAACAAAAACAGAAUUGUCUCGUUCCCCAAUGGAUUCAGAUGAAAACAAGUAAUAAAAUCAGGUGCAACUCCAAGAAACAUUGGAAAUGAACCAAGUUGGGUCUAUAA